AUGGCAGAAGACAAAGCAGGCGAGACUACUACAUCGACGGGAUCAAGCAACGAUGCAUCUUCCACCUUUGGCCCCCCGCCGGCCAUUGUGGCACCUUCGGGAGGCGGCACUCUCAGAAGCAUGGGAGAUAGCUUCGCGAUGAACAAUUCUACAGGAACGGGCUCUUACUCAAUACCCAUCAAGAUCACUGCGGGUCGCAACGAUUUUCCGACAUCUCUAAGUCUUCGGUAUAGCACUGGGCAGGGAAAUGGUUCAUUCGGAAUAGGCUGGAGUCAUUCAUUCGAGCAAGCCAUAACUCGCAAGACCAAUCCCUCGCUCCCGAGAUACAUCGAUGAUGACGACUCGGAUGUCUUCGUACAUUCCACCUUUGGUGAUCUCGUUCCUUGUCUUGAGCGUCAGGGUCGCGAAGUUGGGCCCGUCUUCGUCAAAGUUCCUGAUAAAUAUACCGUCAAGCAAUAUCGUCCACGAUUUGAACAAUCAUUCUCACGUAUCGAGCUCUGGACGAGCGUUGAAAAUCGGCAUGACAGCCACUGGCGUGUCUUUUCGCCUGACAAUGAAUUAUCGAUUUAUGGAAGGAAUACCGACUCAAGAAUAUCCUUUGAUCAAUCUUCCUCGAGGACCUUUUCAUGGCUCUUAUCAGAGGAAUACAAUUGCUAUGGAAAUGUCCGACAAUUCUUUUACAAAGCCGAAGAUGACAGCAACAUUGAUUUUUUUAAAGCCUGCGAGUCAAAUCGCAACAAACAAGUACGAAGCCGCAUGCGUUAUCUCAAGAAAGUCUGCUAUGGAAAUCGUCAGCCGGUCGCAAUGGGAUCCUUGACUAACGGCUCCAAGACCUCAUUCAUGUUUGAGAUCAUCUUUGAUUAUGGCGAGCAUGAUCAAUCCGUCCCGACUACCGAGGAGAAGAAUCCUUGGUCUGCGAGGAAAGACCCGUAUUCAUCAUACCGGUCUGGUUACGAAGUCCGUUGCUAUCGCGUUUGUAUGCGAAUUCUCAUGUUUCAUCACAUUCCAGAAGAAUUGGGCUGUUCCGACUAUCUCAUUCACUCGACUGACCUAAUGUAUCACGAGUCGGUUCAUUGCUAUAAGCUGAAGUCGGUGCAAAGCAUUGGAUACAUUGCAAGUCCUCAAUUGCGUCCGAGCGACACACCUGUGGCAGUGGAGCAAUACGAAAAGCAAGGCUUGCCUCCUUUGCAAUUCGAAUACACUCGUGGUGUGACAAAAGAAGAGUUGCAAGCUGUUCAGCCAAAGUAUUGUUAUGACAUUGAGAGCUUUUCCGAUAUCGCGUCGUUAGGUUCAAGUACGGUCUCAUGGGUUGACAUCAUGGGAGAGGGUAUUCCAAGUGUCCUGAUCACAUCUGGAGACGAAUGGUAUCUGAAGCAGAAUUUGAGUGCUGCAAGCCGUUCUCGACAAAGCACGACGGUAGCCAACACCUACGAACUUCGUCUGAGCGCCCUGAAAAGCAUCCCGAUUCGUCCGUCGUUAAGGGGACAGAAUGUGUCUUUGCAAGACGUCGGUGCCAACGGAAGUCUGGACUUGCUGUGUCAGGACGACACUACGCAAGGAUUCUUCAAAAGCCGGGCGCCAGAGUCUAGAACCGGUGAGGACCUGAUUGUCUGGGAUGAGUUCAAGCUUUUCAGUCAAUACCCGAACUUUGAUUCGGCUACCUUUGUUCGGCAUCUAGAUAUGACCGGAGAUGGAACAGCGGACGCGUUGGUGUUUGCGAAUAACGAGCUGAUGUGGUAUCGAUCGCUAGGCGAAACAGGAUAUGAUCCGCCCAGUCGCGUUGUUGUCGCCCCUGGAACUCUCGAUUCGCCCGUUGUACUUUUGUCUCAAGAAGACCAAUCGAUAUAUCUGGCGGAUAUGAGCGGAGAUGGCCUGUCAGAUCUCGUACAGAUCCGCAAUGGACUGGUGAGGUACUGGCCCAACACAGGGAAUGGCACCUUUGGCGAAGCAGUCCACAUGGACGCAAGUCCCGUCUUCGACGACGAUGCAGCCUUCUCGCCGACUAAACUUUACCUAGGCGACAUUGAUGGCUCUGGUACCACGGAUCUAGUCUACAAUCGUGAUGGUAUCGUCACGAUAUACUUGAACGAGUCAGGCAACGGCUUCAGUACACCUAUCGCGUUGUCAACGAUGAUUCCACAUACACAAAACCAUACUCUCUCCAUGAUCGAUCUCUUCGGCAAUGGGACAUCGUGCCUCGUGUGGUCCUCGGAUCUCCCUUCACACCAAGGCCAAACAUCACUACAAUACAUCGACCUUACAAAAGGCCUCAAGCCACAUCUCCUCUGCAAAGCGUCGAAUGGCCUCGGGGCGGUAUCAGAGUUCUCAUAUGCUCCUUCGACAUCGUAUUAUCUUCGAGACAAGAUGAGCGGAAGCCCAUGGCUCACUCGUCUCCCGUUCCCGGUGCAUUGCGUUGAUACGGUUGCCAAGACCGACCUCAUCACCGGUCGAAAGUUUGUACAGCGGUUUUCGUACCAUCAUGGUGCAUAUGACCAUGAUGACUGCGAGUUUGCAGGCUUUGCUAUGGUCGAGCAAUGGGACACAGAUCUAUCGUAUGUUGUGGCAGGUACUGAAGAUGCAUCGAACUGGACUACGGGUCUAAACAGCGAGCCUGCUCACACAAAAGCUUGGUACCACACGGGUGUCUUGAGUCAUGACGAGCUUCGCGUGUCUCUCGCCAGAGAGUAUCAUCGCCCGCUCACUAGACAAGCAACACGCGCGCUCAGGGGCACAUUAUUGAGGGAGGAAGUAUCUGCAGGGGAUGCAAGCCUGACGUCGAGCCCACCAUACCAGAUCAAUGACCAUGCCAGUACAAUCAAAAUUCUGCAACGCUGCCUUCGGAGCGGAGUGAUGGCCGUCAUUCACAAGAGUGACAGAGAGUCUGUGGUCACGAACGUGGAGCGACAGACGAAUAGCGAACCGAAGAUCAGUCACUCCAUGGUUCUCGCUCGAGACAAGUACGGUAGAGUAACAGAGGAGGCUCAAAUUCAUUACGGCCGCAAUAAACCGGACUUGUCAUUAUCGGCCACAGACCAGAAUAUUCAAGGCAAGACAACCAUAGAGUACACGUUCACAGAGUUCACGAAGGACGUCUACGAUCCAGGUCGAGUAUAUCGCUUGCCCGCCCCGCUAUCAAUGAAGAAAUUCGCUCGAGAGAUAACUCUCAAUAAGGAUAAGCGAUAUGUGCCCUCGGAAAUUCGCGGCAUGUUCAAAGAUUCUGAAAGCAAAGACAGCAAUUUGAGGCAACUUGUAUCACAUACCGAGAUACGUUAUCGUAAGGACGACCUGACGGAUGUGACAAACACGCUCGAAUCUCUAGCACUUCCUGGAGCUGCCUACCAUCUUUGUCUUACGCCUCAAAUGCUUGCAGAAUGGAAGCCGCCGACGAAACUGCAAGACCCGGCAUUGUGGUACGACACUCUCAUUGCCGAAGGUGGUUAUGUCAAUCUGAAGCAAGAUGGAAAUCUUUGGGUAAAGGAGAAUGGUCCUUUGUAUCACCCGCAGCCUGGAGCAACGCCUAAAGAUGAACUUGCGCUAGCAUCGUCGGCUUUCUUCAGCCCGCGCCGCUUCGUCGAUAACUAUGGCAAUGUGUCAAAGAUUGACUGGGACUCCUUCUACCUAACGCCUACCGCCAUGAUCAAUGCCUUGAACGAGGGCAUCAUGAGCAUCACCGAUUAUAGAGUGCUUCAACCUCGACAAAUCAUCGAUAUCAACGGAAACCAGACACGAUUUGCAUUCGACCCGCUUGGGAAUCCCACGGCAACUGCAGUCUCUGGUAAAGGCGGGGAGGGUGACUCAUUAGAUCAGUCAACCAUUCCGCUGUCACAAGAUCAGAUCAAUACUUUCUUCGACGAUCCAUUGGCCGCAGCUCCACGUCUCCUAGGUAAGGCAUCAACGAGGGUUAUCAAUGACAUCUGGAGCUUCAGCACGAAUGGCAGGAAAUCGCCUGUGAGGACAGCUCAAAUAUCGCGCGAGGUUCAUGCUUCCACCAGCGUCGAAAGUCCUGUGCAAAUCGUGAUCGACUACAUCGAUGGCUUCGGACGAUCGAUCCAGAAGAAAGCAAUCGCGGAAGCGGCGCAGGAUACUCCAAAUAUAUCUCGUUGGCGUUGCACGGCGUGGCAAGUGCUGAACAACAAGGGGUUGGUCGUGGAGAACUUCGAGCCCUUCUUUGACAACUCUUCAGCUUUUGUGCUUGGUCGGAAGGAGGGUGUCAGUACACUUCAUGCAUAUGACGCGAUGAGCCGCGAAGUGGUUACUAUAUCGCCAAACCGAACAUGGACUAAAAGCAUCCCGACCCCGUGGGAUAGCACCGUUUACGACGCUUCCGACACGCUCGAGUUACCGCUGGAGAAAGACGUGUAUGCCAUGAGUUUUCUCAAAGAUCUCUCAGAAGACCGCCUUUCGCCUAGUUGGCUCGAGCACCGAAUGACGUUGCCUGAUGGUAACCGGGAGAAACAAGCUGCCAAACAAAGUCAGGCAUAUGGUUGUACGCCAUCGACAACUCAUAUCGACGCCAAGGGCCGCCCCUUUCUCGUGCAAAAGAAACUGACGGACUCUCAAAAUACAUUUGUUCGCACAGUCUUCAAUCAUGUGGACAAACCUGCAAAAAUCCAAGACACUGGGGGUCGUUUCGUCAGCGCCACCUCGUAUGAUCUGCUUGGACGACAGAUCCAUCAACUUGCAUUGGAUUCUGGAGAGUCUUGGAUGCUGCACACUGCUUCAGGCGAGGCUUUCCAAACAUUCAAUGACCAUGGUGGUCGCCUUCGCAAUGUGUACGAUAAACUUCGCCGGAACAUCGCGGUAUUUUGUCGGACUGCUUCCACAUCAAAGGAAUAUAUGAUGACCAAGACUACUUACGGCAGUAGCUCCGAGUUCAACAACAAAGGCCAUGUUGUCCGCAACUACGACCAGUCUGGACUUACCUCUACACCUCAUUGGGAUUUCAAGGGAAAUUGCUUGUCUAAAGACGUUCAAUUGGCAAAGCAAUAUUCCACCGAGCUUGAUUGGCAGCGCGACAACCCUCUUGAGGAUGCCAUAUAUCGUACUGCGUGUCGCUACGAUGCUCUGAAUCGUAUCACUUCUUGUAUUGCACCAGACGAGACUGUGACCAAGACGACCUACCUCCGAGGCGGGCUCGUCGGCUCAACACAAGUCAAUAUCAGAAGUGAAAAAGAUGUCAAAGGCUGGAAAUGGAAAUCAGUGACCAGCAACAAGCAAUACGAUGCUCAUGCAAGACUGAUAUCGGAGACUCAAGGUAACGGUACUGUGGUCAAAGUUGAGUUUGAUCCUCUUACACAAGCAACGUCGCGGAGACAAGCUCAAUUGAAGGGAGUCGUUCUUCAGGAUAUUUCUUUCACGAGAGACGUCCAACAACGCAUUACGUAUGCGAGUCGAACAUCGCAAGUUCCGGACAUUGUUCGGCUCGCUGGGAGCGCUGAUUCAGCAUAUGUGUACGACGCUUUGGGUCGAUUGAUCAAGUCUACCGGUCGCGAAGACAUUGCUCAGUCAAAGGGCAGACCGGAUGCCCCUGGUACCGAAGGGCUGAAAGCAGAUUCCACUGGCAUGAGGAGAUAUACUGAGGACUACACUUAUGACAUCUACAAUAAUAUGCUGAGCAUCGACCACAAGAUCGAAGAUCCGAAAUAUUCAGGCUGGCUGCGGAAAAUGACUUAUGCCGAACAGACCAUCCUUGGAGAGACGUUCACCGGCAAUCGGUUGGCGACAUCCACGAUCGGUAAGACUACGGAAAAGUAUGAAUACGACAGCGCCGGCAAUACGAUCUCAAUGCCGCACUUGUCCAAGGUCAGCUGGGAUAUUCUCAAUCAUAUGCGAAGUUCCGCAACGCAAAUGACCUCAUCCGGCGUGCCAGAGACGACCUGGUACGUCUACAACUCGGCAGGCGAACGGACUCGCAAAGUCACCGAACGAUAUCGAAGCGCGAACGAGCCUGUCCGCAAGCUGAGCGAGCACAUCUAUAUCGAUGGCUUUGACGUCUAUCGCGAGUACGGAGGAAGAGGUGUCGAGACGAAAUCUUGCGAGAGUGUGCGCGUGCUAGAAUCCGAACAACCCCUACUGAUCAUCGAGCACUGGUCCGAUCGCGGCAGCACGCCACUCAUGCGAUAUCCGAUCGCCGACGAACAUAGCUCCAUCAGCCUGGAGCUCGACGACACGGGACAGAUGAUCUCAUAUGAGGAAUAUUCCGGUUUUGGUGGCACAACACAUCGGACCCUGCGCAAGAAUAUUCCCAAGCCUUUCCGCUUUGCCACCAAACGUCGAGAUCAGGAAACGAGUCUUUACUAUUUCGGAGGUCGAUACUAUGCCCCUUGGCUGUGUCGAUGGAUGAGUCCCGACCCAUCCGGGUUGGUCGAUGGCACGAAUACAUACAUCUACUGCGGUGCAGAUCCGGUCAAUCACGUCGACCCCGACGGU